CACACCCCCAUGUACUUCUUCCUUCUCAACCUGGCCCUCCUCGACCUGGGCUGCAUCUCCACCACUCUCCCCAAAGCCAUGGACAACGCCCUCUGGGACACCAGAGCCAUCUCCUACACAGGAUGUGCUGCACAGAUCUUUUUCUUUGUCUUCUUUAUCUCAGCAGAGUGUUCCCUUCUCACCAUCAUGUCCUAUGACCGCUAUGUUGCCAUCUGCAAGCCCCUACACUACAGGACCUUGAUGGACAGCAGAGCUUGUGCCACCAUGGCAGCAGCUGCCUGGGGCACUGGAGUUAUCAAUUCCCUGCUGCACACUGCCAGCACGUUUUCACUGCCUAUCUGCCGAAGCAAUGUUUUGAAUCAGUUUUUCUGUGAAAUCCCGCAGAUUCUCAAGCUCUCCUGCUCAAACUGCUACCUCAGGGAAGUUGUGCUUCUCAUUUUUAGUGCCAAUUUAGCCUUUGCGUGCUUUGUUUUCAUUGUUGUAUCCUAUGUACAGAUCUUCAUGGCCGUGCUGAGGAUGCCCUCUGAGCAGGGAAGGCACAAAGCCUUCUCCACAUGCCUCCCUCACCUGGCUGUCAUCACCCUAUUUGUCAGCACUGCCAUUUUUGCCUACAUGAAGCCCCACUCCAUCUCCUCCCCAUCCAUGGACCUGAUGGUGGCACUUCUGUACUCAGUGGUGCCUCCAGUAGUGAACCCGCUCAUCUACAGCAUGAGGAACAGGGAGGUGAAGGAUGCAGUGAGGAAAGUGAUGACCAAAUUUCUUUCAAAAGCAGUGAACCGCAUAUCUUUUUGA